AAAUUAUUAAUUUAGGUAGCUUAUCAGCUAAUCUAUAAGCUCGAAAAUUACUGACAAGCUAUCACCUANGCUUCUCUGUUACCACCAUUGAUUCCUACUCAAACUGACCCACCACCUUCCACAACAAACUCAACAACCUCUCCUCCUCCUUCUUCUCCUUCUCCAUCCACUCCCUCGUCCGCGCCACCUCCUCAAUUAUCCACUCCUUCCGCUCCUCCACCAUCUCCGCCAGCGGCUCCUCCGCCGGAAACCUCACCGCCGUCACCUCCUUCACCAUCACCACCCACACCUUCGGCCGCCCCACCGCCGGAAUCUCCUUUGCUGCCACCACCAACACCACCAACCUCACCGCCACCAUCUCCCCCAACCGCCCCACCACCGGCAACUACUUCCCCUUCCCCGCCAGCCGCCUCUCCUCCACCGCCUCCUUCACCGCAAACUUCCCCACCGACGCCGGAAUCCCCAGCAACUCCGGCACCACCACCUCCAUCAGCCGGAAAUUCUCCACCACCGGAAUCCCCCGCCACCCCCGUGGCCUCUCCUCCACCACCUUCUCCUCCUACAUCCACCACGCCUUCUCCUCCACCGCCUGCCGACAGCCCUCCGCCGCCACCGUCUGUGGUGGAUCCACCACCGCCGCCGCCGGAAUCACCUCCAACUCCGGUGGGCUCGCCACCUAUUCCGCCGGCCUCCAGCCCACCUUCCAACUCGUCAACCACCCCGCCGCCAACCAUAUCUUCACCUUCUCCUCCUCCGUUGAGAAAUGCAUCAACCAAUGGGAGCACGACACCUGGAACACUCCCGUCGCCUCCCACCACUAGUGCAGAAAAACCUACGGCGGGGUCAACUCCGGCGAGACCAAAUACAGUUUCGGGCGCAACUCCGGCGAACUCCGCUGGUCUGAGUGGCGGAGGUGCAGCAGUUGUCGGCAGCAUUGUGGGCGUUUUGGCGCUCAGUCUUGUGGUUUUUGCUGUGUGGUACUUACGUAAAAGAACGAGAAGGAAGGACAAGUAUAGUCUCGGAUAUAACAUGCCCUCACCCUAUGCGUCCUCCCAGAACUCAGGUUCCUCAUUCUUAAGAUCCCAUUAUUCAUCUCAACUAGCCGGAAGUGUUUCGACAAGCAAUUACAGGUACUCGCCCGAUGGUGGUGGCAUAGGCGCCUCAAAGUCAUGGUUCUCAUACCAAGACCUACUUGGGGCAACAAACGGGUUUUCAGAAGAUAAUCUUCUUGGCGAAGGUGGGUUUGGCUGUGUUUACAAGGGGGUUUUGGGGGAUGGGCGGGUAGUUGCUGUUAAGCAGUUGAAAGCUGGCGGUGGACAAGGAGAGCGCGAGUUUCAAGCAGAAGUCGAGAUUAUUAGCCGAAUACACCACAGGCAUUUGGUGUCGCUUGUUGGUUACUGUAUAUCUGAAAAUCAGAGGUUGCUCGUAUAUGAUUAUGUGCCGAAUAACACCCUGCAUCACCAUCUUCAUGCUGAAGGCAAGACUGUGAUGGAUUGGGCUAGUCGAGUUAAGGUUGCAGCUGGUGCAGCACGUGGACUUGCAUAUCUUCAUGAAGACUGUCAACCCCGGAUUAUUCACAGAGAUAUCAAGUCAACAAACAUUCUUCUGGAUAACAACUUUGAAGCACGAGUCGCAGAUUUUGGGCUUGCAAAGCUAGCAUUAGAAUUGGAUUUGCAUACACACGUAUCAACCCGCGUGAUGGGAACCUUUGGAUACUUGGCUCCGGAAUAUGCAUCGACUGGUAAACUGACUGAGAAGUCUGACGUGUUCUCGUUUGGUGUCGUGCUUUUGGAGCUAAUUACAGGCCGUAAGCCUGUCGACGCAUCUCAGCCAGUUGGCGAUGAAAGCCUGGUCGAGUGGGCUCGACCGUUGCUCACCCAAGCUCUCGACAAAGAAGAAUUCGGAGAUAUAGUCGACCCCAAGCUUGAGAACAAUUUUGUCGCGAGUGAAAUGUUUCGCAUGAUCGAAGCAGCCGCGGCUUGCGUAGCAAGAGCUUUGGAUUCAAUGGAAGAACUUGCGGAUUUGAACAAUGGCGUGAAGCCGGGGCAAAGUGGGAUUUUCAGUUCAAGGGAGCAAUCUGCACAGAUCAGAAUGUUUCAGAAGAUGGCAUUUGGAAGUCAAGAUUAUAGUUCAGAGUAUUUGGAUCAUUCACAGAGCAGCUGGAGAAGUUAGACGAAGAAUGUAGGUUGUCGGUAUUAUUUUAUUUUAUUGUUAUUAUAUUUUUUAAAUAGUCUGUCUCGAGGGAUAAUUCACAUUUUUUUUAAUCAAAUUUCGAUAACAAUUAUUUUGUAAUUACUGCUGUUGCAUAUGAUUAUUCGUUGUUCAGUUCUGCUCUGUUUUACUUGUAAAUUUUGUUGUUACAGCCAACUAAUUACAGCUGAUACUCAUCUUGAUUCGUUUGAUUAUAACUUUUGGUGUUAUGUAUAUAUUGUGCAUUGUGUAAAAUUUUCGAGUGGUUUUUUGGUUCUUG